AUGAGCAAGCUCUAUAGCACCGUUUGCAAGGUGUUGAAAUGGAUCUUGGGAAGCCUAACCAAGAUCCGAAGCCUUUCCAACUUUGAGCUGCGCCAAAUUGUUUCAGGUGAUCUCAGUCCAGGCGCCUUUCGGUGCGACGAAGCAGCCUGUGACGCGCCCAGCGAUGUGCUCUAUGCUGCCAGCUGCCUGGCACAAUUGGUAUUCCUCUCUGAAGUGUCACAGCCGUGUAGCACUUUCCGAUGUUUGCUUUGCUUGCGUCUGGCAGCUGCAGCUAGUGGGGCUGUGCCUGAGGCCAGGCCUUCGACUUACAAGGGUCAUGAUCAUGACGACCCCAUCGAAGACGUUACAGGUUCUGUCCGACCCCACUCCCCCCAGCCAACACAGUCAGACGUGACGAGACUUCGGGAACGAACACAAUGGGGCCAGGCUUUGUUGCAUCUGCUUGCUAUUCGAGGUCCGUCCUGUAGUGGCCUUUUGCGGGUGACUUCCCGCAGCACUUGCACACCCCAGUGCCAGGAUGGAUACUUGCCCAGUGAGACCAGUCUGCAGUGCAUCCGUGGCCAGCUCUCUCCUGCGACGUUCGCCUGUGAACCAGGUGUGACGGUGGACAUGGGAAUCAUCAUUGCCAGCGUGCCAAGCACCAUGCUGGCGGCUGCCCUGGCACUUCUCGCUGGGUACUGUGCCUGGAGCGGCCGCAUCCCUCCAAAGACCGUUGAGCUGGACAGCGAUCCACUGCAGGAGUGGUGGACUUGUGUUCAUGAGGUGGAGCCAGGCGUGUGCAUCUUCUGCGGAAAGCAGCCUGAGGAGGUUGAAACCAGGUACGAGGAACACGGGCCGGCUUCGCUUUUCAGGUCUUGUCGCGCUUGUGCGGCGCUGCUUGGGUUUGAGGAAGAGGAGGAAGAUGAGGAGGAACCGCCAGAAGACUCGGACCCUUCAGAGGCAGUGCCCCCACCACAAGUGACAGUGGACACUUUGCCUCCAGAGAGCGACGUAAAGUCCUCCUCCGAAGCCGCAGCAGGCCCCGAGAGCUCGGAGCCUGAGGAGAAGACUCCGCCGAGCCUACUCGCUGCCUCUCCUGGCUCCAUCAGCGAUGCUGUGGCAGGACUCAAACUGGACGACUUGCUGAAAGACCAGGCGCUGGAUGGAUUGGACGGGCAAGGGCAAGGCUACGAACCAGGAAGAUUAAGCCCAACAUUCGAGAGCGACCUUCUCAACCACUCAGAUGCUCCUCAAAUGUCCGAGAGACUUUCAGACCCUGAAUUUCGUGAAGAUGCUUCAGCACCAUUGCGCAGUGAUCGCUUGAGCACGAGGACGCCACAUCGCUCCGACUUCGGACGAGGCGCCGGGGACCUUGGCCGUCUCUCCAGGUCACGGGAAGCAGAGAGGCAGAGGAAAUCACUCGAUCCUCUUCUGCCAGAGCUGCAGCUCGUUCUCGGGAGGCUCACAGAAGUUUCAGCUUCUUUUCAGCUCAGGAGCAGGGCAGCUUUGAAGCCACGGAUGCGCGAGAUGCUGGGCUCCCUCCGACCCUUCCCAGGCGUGUAG